UUUUACUCUCUAUGUCAAAGGAUUUUUUCUUAGAUACAUAGAUAAUAUAUAGGUGUCAAAGGAUUUUUUACUAUCUUUACAGCUCUGGAUUCUAGCACUUUGAGACUUUAGACACAAAUUUUUCAACGAAACUCCUACCAGCUGGUAAGCACCUUAGGUAUAGACUUAUUACCUACUCAAAAGAUUUUUAAUGUUGUUAUUCAAAGUAACUAAUCACGAUUGAAUAAAUCAUUUAAUCUACUUAGGAAAAGAUGACUGGAUGACAUGUACAGACUUGACAAUUAAGCACACAUGAUAUAAACAACAUUACUAGUUUAAUAGAUUUAGCUUAUCAUACGUUAACUGCAAAAUUAAAAGUUUAUUUAGAUCUAAAUUGAUAACGGCGUUCAAGCAUAGUCUAUGUAGUUUAAUUGUCUAGGCGCUCUACGUUUGCAGCGCGGCACAACCGUCGCCGGCAAACUGUUAGAUCGAUACGAGAAAUUACUUCAGAUCGAUAUUUUGUUAACCAUGGCAAGUCCAAAUUCUGAAUCUGAUCUAACUUCGAUGUUCAUGCAGCGAGGCGACGGUCGCAGGGCGAAGAGUCCCCCUCGCCCAGAGGCGGCGGCGGCCAGAGGCACCGUAGCGAAGGCCGGCGCGGCGGCCGAGGUGAUCACCGUGAAGGACUUCUUCGACUUCAUGAAAACCGCCUACCAGGUGUACGAGCAUCUGGAGGGUGACGAAGACGAAGGAUCCAAAAUAAACUGGGAGGAGUUGACGAAGCUGACAGUACUGAACCACGUGAUCGAGCAGCAGGAGCGGGAGCUGCUGAGCCGCGCGGCGCACGCCGAGCAGCGCGCCGUCACCAGCCAGAGCGACUCCGCCGUGGAGCGCCGCGGCGCCGCGCGCGUGGACAAGCGCCACAGCUGCGGCGACAUCGAGGGGCGCGGUCGCCGCGCGUCGCUGCCGGAGGCGCGCGUGGAGAUGCUGGGCGUGUGGACGGAGGCCAACCUCAACUGCAAGCUCAACGACGUAAUAAAUGAAGGGAUACUAGAUUCCAUUCUUCCGUAUUUAGUGGGCUACAAGAAGCAGAGCAAGACGACGAGCGUGUACGCGCCCAUCAUCAAGAAGUCGCCCACGAGCUCCUCCGCCGACGUGAAGAAGCCGGCCAGCUUCGGAGGUUUCGUCAACGAGAAGGAGUCGAGAGAUCGUCUCGGCAGACGCAAGUCGUCCGUGGCGGCCGGCCACGAGCGCGCCAACCAGCAGCACGACGGCGAGGUGGAGAUCCACGUGUGCGACGAAGUGAAGGGGCUGAAGAAGGAUUUCCGUUGCGCGCAGAAGCUGCUGGUGAGCAAGAUGGGCUACUUCGCUGACGUCACGGCCGGCCAGCGCCUGGAGGACAUGGACAUCUCCGUGCACUGCGACAUACAGAUCUUCGAGUGGCUGAUGCGCUGGGUGAAGCGCGACUCCAUCCUGGUGGCGGACUGGCCGCUGCUGGACGCGCACAACGUCGUGCCCAUCCUCGUGUCCGCCUCCUUCUUGCAGAUGGAGCCGCUGCUGCACGACUGCCUCAUGUACUGCCACGCGCACAUGAACGACAUCGUCAAGACGGCCACCAACCUCGCGUGCCUCAGCGACGGCCUGCUCACCCGGCUGGCGGCGAUGUACACCAACGCGGAGCUGGAGGCGCUGCGCGAUCGCAAGGACAAGAUCCAGUCGCGGCUGUACUGCAAGAUGAUCCUGUCGCUGGCCGAGCCGGUGCCCGAGACGCUGCGCGGGCACUACGCCACGCUCGCCACGCUCUUCAAGUGCAGCAGGUGCGGCAAGCUGUUGGGCCGCCACGUGGCGCCGCACGUGCCGUGCCAGCCCGCCAGCAUGCGCAUCGACCGGCGCGGCCACGUCGUCUCCUCGCACGCCAAGGAGCCGGCGUGGAGCCUGGGCGAGUACGUGUCGUGGCUGUACGGCGAGCUGCGCUCGUGGCGGCGCGUGUACUGGCGCCUGUGGGCCGACUGCCACUUCCUGCGCUGCCAGCUGUGCGACUCCUUCUUCCCGGCCUACCAGAUGGAGUGGUGCUCGCACCACGAGCAGGGCGCGCACAUGUUCGCGCUGGCGGCCGGGCGCCACGCGUGCUGCGGCCAGCGCGCCUACCGCUUCGAGACGCUGCCGCGCAGCUCGGGCUGCCAGUUCCGCGAGCACGCGCCCGACGAGCGGCUAGCGGCCGACGCGGCCGUCGCGGCGCUGUACGCGCGCCACCGCGACGUGGUCGCCAUGCGCCCGCCGCAGCCGCUGCUCCCGGAGCGCCUCGCGCGCCUCGUGCCGCGAGACGCGGGCGACGAGGCGGGCGGGCGGCUGCAGUGCGCGGAGGUGUUCUGGUGGGAGGGCAUCCGGCUGGCGCCGCCGCGCGCGCCGCUCGGCCUGCUGGGGAAGCUCUACACCAGCGACGACAAGUUCAACCGUGAGCGCGCACGCCGGCCGCGACGACGCGCCGGCGACUCUCUGCCGGUGGAGACGCGACUGACGCGUCGCUCGUCGCCGGCGCGUCGUCUUCGCCGCGAACUAGAACGAAACGCAAUAGCAAACCGCUGUAAAUACACUCCCCACAUUGGCAAACGUUGUGCGGCGCCGCUCAGUGUCGCUCCCUGCGCAGCGCUGGCGCGGCCCGGCUCGCCCGCGCUGGCGGCGCGCGCGGCGCCGUCGCCCUGCCCGACCGCGCCCGGCCCGCCCGCGCCCGGCGCCGACCGCAAGCCGCUGCGCGAUGACGCGCCGAACAAUAAGCAAGGUGCCGGCGGCGCGGCGGGCGGCUCGUGCGGAGACGGCGCGGGCAGCGAGGCGGCGCGCUCCGACACCGACCGCAGCGACCAGAGCUGCGACAGCGGCGCCAGCGACGAGGACGCGCCGCGACAGUCGCGCGCGCGCGUGCGCGCCCCGCCGCCGGCCGCGCGCACGCCGGCGCGGCGCGGGCGCGCGGCCGGCCGCGUGUGGCUGGCGGCGCAGUCGGCGCGCAGCAACCAGGACGGGCAGCGCCGCUUCGAGGAGCGCGCCGCCACGCACAUGCGCGCCGCGCUCGCGCGCCGCCACCACCACGCGUCGCGGACGCGCCCGCACCCCGGCGGGGCCAUCGUGCGGCUGGAGGCGGAGUGGCGCGAGCGGCACGGCGGCGCGGGCGGGGGCGCGGGCGCGCGGCGCGGCGGCUCCGUGCGCCGGCACGCGCCGCUCAAGUACAAGUGAGCGGCACGGCGGCGCGGGCGGGGGCGCGGCGGCUCCGUGCGCCGGCACGCGCUGCUCAAGUACAAGUGAGCGGCACGGCGUCGCGAGCGGGGCCCGCGCAAUGCCGAGUGCACGCCACGCCUGUCUGUUCGACUUCCAUUUCGUAUAUUGAAGAAAUUUUGUAGACCGAUCAUAAAAUAAAAACUUACCAA